UAUGGUUUGAAUGGAGAACAAUGAGAAAAGGGGAGACAAGGAUAUGAUGGAUUACCAGGAGAAACAGGCAGAACUGGAGACCCUGGUUUUCAGGGGAUGAGGGGUGACCUUGGAGAUCCGGGUCCAGAAGGAGAUCCAGAUGGUGGGGGUCAAGGUCGUCCUGGACCCAGAGGUCGACCUGGUGACCCUGGCCCACAAGGUCUUCCAGGAUUCCCGGGAAAUGACGGUCCAGAUGGUCAAAUGGGACAUAUGGUCCUCCUGACCUACCGGGGCCUGAUGGAAUACCUGGGAGGAGAGGACCUGUUGGAUUCUCCUAUCCAGGAGACAAGGGAGACCAAGGUGGCUUUGGUCUUGAUGGAGUGCCUGGGAGAACCUGGUCCUGAGGGAUUCCCUGGUAUCCCUGGAGAUGGUCUGGAUGUUACUGGUCCAAGAGGUCCUUCAGGAUUUCCCGAAGAGGAAGGAGAUUCAGGAUUCCCUGGAGAGGAUGGGCGUGAUGGAAUCCCAGGAGAAAGAGGUAGAAGAGGUGAUGACUGUGGGGUUUGUCCUGGGGGUGAGCCUGGUUUUAGGGGAGAUCCAGGUGAUCCUGGUUUUGAUGGACUUCCUGGACAACCAGGUCAACCAGGUUUCCCAGGACAACCAGGAGAACAGGGCAUACCUGGAAUAGCUGGUCAAAAGGGCAUACCAGGUCCAGAUGGUUUUCCUGGAGAAGUUGAGAGGGUUGAACCUAAAGGUGAGCCUGGGGAUUUGGAAGUCCCCUCCACUCUAAAAAUGAAGGGGAAGCCUGGCGAGCAGGGACCAAGGGGACCAGUUGGCAGAGCAGGAUCACCAGGACCUUGUGGCCCCCGUGGACCCCCAGGUUUCUGUGGGAUACUUCGAGAAAGGGGUAUUUUUGGAGACCCAGGACUAGAGGGCUUGGAUGGUUUGCCUGGACUACAAGGGGAAGAUGGCCUGCCUGGUGAAUUUGGAGAUUCCAUUCCUGGAGAAGUUGGACGCUCUGGACCUAAGGGAUUUCCUGGACUGGAUGGUUAUGAGGGGACCCCUGGAUUAAAAGGUAGAGCCUUUUUACUGAGGCAGUAUAUAGAAUAA